AUGUCUGCUCAAGAAGGAAAGCUUCUCUCCGACUUCCUCCUUGCGCCCGCACCACUUCGCGACUUCAUGACACUGCGCCAAUUCACCGAAAUCUUCCCCAAAGGUCAUAGGACGAACCCCGCUGUACAGGACCUCUAUCGCGAAUUGCAGCGACUACGCGAGAAAGACAUUGACCUUGUGCGCCGCGCCAUUGCCGAAGAAAUUGCCAGGUCAAAGCGGCUGCGACGAGAGUACGCGAGUGAAAGGCGGCAACUGGACGAUGCCACGGUCGCUGGGCUAGAUUCCAAUGCGCUGCGAAUGGAGGAAGAGGUACACAAUAUUCCUGAUUCAGCGGUAAACACAAUGCUGACCAGCUCCCAGCUCUCCAACAACGGCCGCAAGAAACCACAUACGCUCGCCUCCGUCCACUCCAGCAUCGAGGAAGCCUGCCACAGCCUCGAAUCACAGAUCGCCGAGAUAGAAGUCGAGAAUGCCAGGGCACUAGCAGAGGUCCAAGAGGUUGUCGGUGCGCUCAGUGACCUUCGGCACGGCCGCUUUGCCCAGCCAGCCAGCGGCGAAGACCUUGGAGAGGAAGUAUUGGCGACCUUGAAGAGACUCGAAGCUGCCUGCACAAAAACCCCAGGAUGA